UUAAAAGGCAUGCAAACACUCAACUUAUCACUAGUUUACACAAAAAGAAACAAAAGUGAUUGAACACCAAGAUAUGGGUCUGUCAACGAAGAUUCGUGUUUGUAAUCUUUUAUCUUUCCCAUAAGUUUAAUAUACAUCAAACAUCAAGAUCGAAAACAUAAAUAGAAAAAUAUGAGCGGAACUUGUAUUACACGGCACCGUAUUAAGCAGUCACCCCGUAUUAAGCGGUCAAUUUUCAAUGUCCCGAGAUUUUUCUCCUUCAUUUCUUUAAUUUUCAUUUCUAUUACGCGGUCAUGGACUCGUGGUCACCCUUUACUGAAUCCCGACGGCCUGUCUGUAUCGAAUUUAUCCUUAGGCGCAACUAGUCACAAAUUGAAAUACUAAAAAUAAUCUUUCAAGUAAAAAUUUAGUCCAAGUUUACCUCCCAGAAUCAGGAUUUUUGUUUGCUAAGUUGCCAGUUGUGGCCAUUCACCGUUUUUCUUUUGUAAUAACUCUUUUUUUGUGGAAUCUAUAUUAGGCGCCAAUCUUUAUAAGUCGUCACUCCGCCAUUUUCCGUGGGUGACCACGGAAUACAGGUUCGACUGUAUCAGUGGAGACUCUGGCAACUCCACGUGGCUUUUCCACAUCACAACCAUUGACGUCAAUAGCCUACAGGCUGAAACACAUAACAGACUCCGUGCAUAAUCAACAGUUUUGAACGCCACUGGUCCAAUUUCCGUUGCGAUAAUUAUAAUGGCAUGGACUAUUUUCAAAUUAUGACAGAUACACUGACGGCUUUACUUUUGUUUACUGUCAAGUCAAGAUGGUCAUUUGACAAAUUCACUACGUUUUAAAAAGCUGUGAUGCAGCAACAGAGCUGCGAUAUCAUGGAUGCAAUGAGAUUUUUUUUUCAUCAUUAUUAGGAUUAUUGCUAUUCUUUCUCGUGGUAUUCCAAUAUGGUCCAAUAUACAGCAUAAAUAUAUCAUCUAUCAGGAAAAUGUUAAUUAUUAUGAAUGACGCUAGCUAUUAACGUUCACUUUCUAUAUGCUAUUAGCAUAAAAUUAUGACGAGUAUUAAUAUUUCAAGACGGUAUGAAAUAUCUCCCGUCCAUUAGUAAAACAUUAACAAGACAACCACGUAUAAUAUUUCAGCAAAGAAGAGCAAGGUAAGGUAUUCCUUGGGAGUAAUUUGAAGCAAAAGGAAUGUUCUUUUUCCGAUGUCUUUCAAGAAUUGGCACCGGUGUAAAAAGCGAGGUUAUAUCGGAAAUCUUUAUCGACGAGCUUGAAGGAGCUGUUUAGUCUUCAUCGCAUUAUUUCAUGAAAAAAAAUUUUCUGUGUAAUUUUGGAGUGAGGCCCUGCAGUAUUUGUUUUGUUCCUUCGAGACCUAUUGAAUGAUAAACUUUUUCUAAGAUUAUCUGCUCCUUGGAAACUCAGACUAUGUUUUAAUAUUUAUUAUAAUUUAUAACAGUUCAAUUGUCAAAGCAAGAUGUUUUUCGUCUUGUCACGAGCGUGGGACAAAUAAAAAUUCUGAGUUCCAACGAGGAAUCGAACCUCAGACUUUUGGAUUCCGCGCUCCGAUGCUCUACCACUAAGCCACAGAGACUUCACGGCAGUUCCUCAAAUUCAAGAAUUUAUCGUAAAAGGAUCAAACAGAGGGCAAAACAUGGAAGGAGCGUUUGUAUCUUGCACGAUGAUUGUGGGUUUUGCGACAUUACCUCUUCACAUAGGAAUGAUCAUUAUUGGUGCUAAAUACAAAGACCAGUGCCCCGUUGAAAUAAUGAUCCCGAUCUAUCUGAUCGCGGCUGGAGCUGCUGGUAUUUUGGGCAGCUUGUAUUCCUUUGGAAUGUCGUUCCGAAAACAACGUGAUGAAGAAAGUGAAGAAGUAGGCCCAUUGUGUUCUCUGAAACGGUUACAUACCGUUAUACAAUUACUUCUCCUUGCCUGGUUCGCCUGUGGAAGCUUCUGGAUUUAUAAGAAUUAUCAGCCGAAUUAUACUGACCCUAAUAGUCCCAAGUAUUGUCAUAAGACACUUUACCUGUUUGCAUUUUGGUCCACUUUUUCCCAUUAUUUCAUUUCUUUUAUCGUCAUGAUCUGUGGUUGUUGCAUGCUUUGUGUUUUUUUCAUAUGCUAUAUUUACAAAUAUUCUCGAAAAGACUAUGAUAUGCCUCGAAUAUUUUUGCCAAAGAGCUAAUUCAUGAGCGCUUAAGGCCAACCGCAAAUGGGGAUCUGAAUGGAAUCAUUCUUGACCUAUGUAUUUGCAGUACGUUUAGGAUAAAAUAUGACGUGAUUUAACGCUAGUUGUGAUUUCUGGUUGAAAGCUAACUUGAAUGAGGCUGAAGGAGUUAUCACCAGUAGUGCAUGGAUUUGCACCAGGGUAAUCCCAAAAGAGAAGCCAUAGGCUAUUUUGAGUUGGUCAGUGGAGACCAGUAGAGGAAACUCACCAAAUUUCAGUUCAGUUUCUUUCGUGUGCGCCCGCCCUGUGUGACAGAUUUGAUUCUCAAGUAAUGAAAGCUUUAAUUAAAUAGUUACUUUACUAAAAAAUACAUAUCCAUAAUCCGCACAAAAUUGAAUGAUUUUCGAGAAUUUCUAUCAUGUGGAAAGAAAAAAAAGGAAUAAAACACUCUAAUUACAUAAAUCUUUAGUUCUUUUGAUACAAUGUAUUAACUUGAAUCAUGACUCUGGCAGCAGAAUUCAAACUCAGAAGCCUCCGGAAUUUUUCCUGCCUUCUGUCGUUUCCAUCCUUUUCCUGAAAAUAUUUCUCAUCAAAAUAUUUUAUCCAGUUCCCAUCGGAAGUUGUUCAAUUCUUGAACGCCGGUUUAACCUAUCGGUAUAUGGGAAGCAUACCGCAACCUUGACCGUCAUUAAUUCAAGUCCUUCUUUACUUGUAAUUUCGCCAUGUUUAUGACUUCUUGCAACGUCAUCGCUGGAAGUGUGCAGUAUGAAACGUAUAGUUACCUGCUUUAUCUCUUCAGGUUGCAAGAGUUUAGGUAAGAAGAAUCAUAGGCAGCCCAAGCUCCAGCUGUGAGAUGAUCAUCUCGCACAAUAACAAUCAUGGCGGAAUUAUUAGAGUUUGUAUGAGAAUAUUUACGACCGCUCUAAGGAAUAAAACAAUACGUCAAAUUAACAAAUAGAUUCCAAGUUGCCGUGCGUCUGUUCAGUAAUAGAUCACAGAUGACGUCAAAAUGUGUUAAGAACAAAAAAGUGGCACACGAGGCGCAGCCGAGUGUGUCACUGAUAAGCUGGAGCUUGGGCCGCCUGUGGAAGAAUGUAAUCUUCUAUCACUGGUUGACUACGUGAAUGAUUAUCUUUCAGAGAUGUACUCAACUGAUUGCGCACAAACGCCAACUGUACAUGUAAUUAGCCAAAUGAAGUCUUAAAAUAAAUAACUUCAAGAUAUAUUGAUGGAAAAUAAACUCUUCAUAACAUAAA